GGAGCCCCGAGCUGAGGGAGCGCUCUGAAAGAAUACACCCUGCAGCCGGGGAGGCAGAGCGGCGCAAACGAGCUCCCGCCGGGCCGGCCCGCGCCCUCGCGCCCCGCUCCCGCUCCGGCUCCCGCUCGGCCCGCCGCGCCUCCUGCGCUCUUCUGCUCUCCCAUCUCCUCUCCCCUUCGCUGCUCUCCGGUCCUUUUUCUCCUCCUCCCGUCGCUCCCGUCGCUCCCGCCCCCCUCCGUCUCCCUGCUCCGUCUCCCGCUCGCCCCGCUCGCUCGCUCCCGCACAGACUCACCGUCCCCGCUCCAAUUAUCACACUCCUCGGCCGCAGGACAGCGGCGGGCGCGCGCGCGCGUGUUUUCCCCUCUCUCUGCCGCAGAAAGACAGAGAGAGGCUCCGUCCCACGGCGCCGGCCACCGCGAGAAAAUGGUGUUAUUUAAAUGAAUCGUCACAAAAUAGCCACUCAACAGUUUGUAAGCAGGAGCCUCCGUGCAACUCAGCGACCCGCUCUUCCCAGUCCCUAAGAGGUCCCGGGAUUCUUGAGCUGUGCCCAGCUGACGAGCUUUUGAAGAUGGCACAAUAACCGUCCAGUGAUGCCUGACCAUGACAGCACAGCCCUCUUAAGCCGGCAAACCAAGAGGAGAAGAGUUGACAUUGGAGUGAAAAGGACGGUAGGGACAGCAUCUGCAUUUUUUGCUAAGGCAAGAGCAACGUUUUUUAGUGCCAUGAAUCCCCAAGGUUCUGAGCAGGAUGUUGAGUAUUCAGUGGUGCAGCAUGCAGAUGGGGAAAAGUCAAAUGUACUCCGCAAGCUGCUGAAGAGGGCGAACUCGUAUGAAGAUACCAUGAUGCCUUUUCCAGGAGCAACCAUCAUUUCCCAGCUGUUGAAAAAUAACAUGAACAAAAAUGGUGGCACCGAGCCCAGUUUCCAAGCCAGCGGUCUCUCUAGCACAGGCUCCGAAGUACAUCAGGAGGAUAUAUGCAGCAACUCUUCAAGAGACAGCCCCCCAGAGUGUCUUUCCCCUUUUGGCAGGCCUACUAUGAGCCAGUUUGAUAUGGAUCGCUUAUGUGAUGAGCACCUGAGGGCAAAGCGCGCCCGGGUUGAGAAUAUAAUUCGGGGUAUGAGCCAUUCCCCCAGUGUGGCGUUAAGGGGCAAUGAAAAUGAAAGAGAGAUGGCCCCACAGUCUGUGAGUCCCCGAGAAAGUUACAGAGAAAACAAACGCAAGCAAAAGCUGCCCCAGCAGCAGCAGCAGAGUUUCCAGCAGCUGGUUUCAGCCCGGAAAGAACAGAAGCGGGAAGAGCGCCGACAGCUGAAGCAGCAGCUGGAGGACAUGCAGAAGCAGCUGCGCCAGCUGCAGGAGAAGUUCUACCAGAUCUACGACAGCACCGACUCCGAGAACGAGGAAGACGGGAACCUGUCUGAAGACAGCAUGCGCUCCGAGAUCCUGGACGCCAGGGCCCAGGACUCGGUCGGGAGGUCAGACAACGAGAUGUGCGAGCUAGACCCGGGCCAGUUCAUUGACCGAGCCCGAGCCCUCAUCCGAGAGCAGGAGAUGGCUGAAAACAAGCCCAAGCGAGAAGCCAGCAACAAAGAAAGAGACCACGGGCCAAACUCCUUACAGCCAGAAGGCAAACAUUUGGCCGAGACCUUGAAACAGGAACUGAACACUGCCAUGUCGCAAGUUGUGGACACUGUGGUCAAAGUCUUUUCGGCCAAGCCCUCCCGCCAGGUUCCUCAGGUCUUCCCACCCCUCCAGAUCCCCCAGGCCAGAUUUGCAGUCAAUGGGGAAAACCACAAUUUCCACACCGCCAACCAGCGCCUGCAGUGCUUUGGCGACGUCAUCAUUCCGAACCCCCUGGACACCUUUGGGAACGUGCAGAUGCCCAGCUCCACAGACCAGACGGAGGCACUGCCCCUGGUUGUCCGCAAAAACUCAUCUGACCAGUCUGCCUCCGGCCCCGCCGCUGGCGGCCACCACCAGCCCCUGCACCAGUCACCUCUGUCUGCCACCGCAGGCUUCACCGCGUCCACCUUCCGCCACCCCUUUCCCCUUCCCCUGAUGGCCUAUCCAUUUCAGAGUCCAUUAGGUGCUCCCUCCGGCUCCUUCUCUGGAAAAGACAGAGCCUCUCCUGAAUCCUUAGACUUAACUCGGGAUACGACGAGUCUGAGGACCAAGAUGUCAUCCCACCACCUGAGCCACCACCCUUGUUCACCAGCACACCCACCCAGCACCGCCGAAGGGCUCUCCUUGUCGCUCAUAAAGUCCGAGUGCGGCGAUCUUCAAGACAUGUCCGAAAUCUCACCUUAUUCGGGAAGUGCAAUGCAGGAAGGAUUGUCACCCAAUCACUUGAAAAAAGCAAAGCUCAUGUUUUUUUAUACCCGUUAUCCCAGCUCCAAUAUGCUGAAGACCUACUUCUCCGAUGUAAAGUUCAACAGAUGCAUUACCUCUCAGCUCAUCAAGUGGUUUAGCAAUUUCCGUGAGUUUUACUACAUUCAGAUGGAGAAAUAUGCACGUCAAGCCAUCAACGAUGGGGUCACCAGUACUGAAGAGCUGACUAUAACCAGAGACUGUGAGCUGUACAGGGCUCUGAACAUGCACUACAACAAAGCAAAUGACUUUGAGGUUCCAGAGAGAUUCCUGGAAGUUGCGCAGAUCACAUUACGGGAGUUUUUCAAUGCCAUUAUCGCAGGCAAAGAUGUUGACCCUUCCUGGAAGAAGGCCAUAUACAAGGUCAUCUGUAAGCUGGAUAGUGAAGUCCCUGAGAUUUUCAAGUCCCCGAACUGCCUACAAGAGCUGCUUCAUGAGUAGAAGUUUCAACAACUCUUUCUGAAUGUAUGAAUAGUAGCAGUCCCCUUUGGAUGUCCAAGUCAUAUGUGUCUAGAUUUUGAAUUUAUAUCUAUGUGUAUGGGAGGCAUGGAUAUGUUAUGAAAUCAGCUGGUAAUCCCUCCUCAUAAUCUCUCUCUCUCCUUUCCUUUUGUUUUCCAUUGCAAGGGGAUGGUUAUUUUCCUUCCACCUUUAGUUUACUUUUGCCCAAGGCCCUUAACAUUUGGAGACUUAAAAUAGGGUUAAUUUUCAGGGAAAAGGAAUGUUGGGUGUGUAAAGUCUAUAUUAGCAAGGAAGGGCAUUUGUUAAAGAUGCGUCUGCUUGACUGAAGGCUUGUUGUGAAUGGCGGUUGGCCGAGGGUGAUUUGUCUCUUGCUUUUACUGCUAAGAAGGUCUGAAAACUCAAUGAAACCCCUUCACUCACUUAAAUCUUCAGUUUGGUUUGAACUCAAUAAGUAGCUUUCUCUUACAUAUUUAAAAAUAAUGCCAACGACAGAUGAGCGGCUCACUUUUCAAAAGUACCCCAAGAGGCCAAAUUAAAAAAGAAAAAUAAUCCACUGACUAUCAAGCCAUUCCUAGGAGAAAUGGCAAACACCCCCAAACUAGUACCAGUUUCUAAUGGAGGCAAAGGAAUUUUGCACAAAACUGACUCUUUCGAGAUGAGACUGGAAAUUCAUGCAUGAUCUAGCCACCUCUCUAAACUUGACAAUAGGUUCUUCUUAAGUGAGCUUAUAUCAUUCUUUGUAGAGGAAAACCCUAUAUAACUUGUUAUUAUUUCCUAUUUAUUUUGCUUCAGAUAUUAAAAGGCACAUCAGUUUCAAAUUUACUCUUUGCUCAACUUUGUUUCUGUGCUUAAAAGGAUUAUUAUUUAUGUUUAAUUAAUACUUUUUUUUUCUAAAACACUAUUUUCUGAACACUUUUCUACAGUCAGGAAUAAAGGAAACCCCAAGUUGACCAUAAGAUUCGUGCCUAGACUAGAAGUUUGUUGACAGCUGUUAGCUGACUUAAUCUUCACCUCCUAAGAGGAGCACAUACGAGAAUGACCCAUUUUCAUAAACAAUUCCACACUACCCUGAUGGGUAUUACAAGUGGUAAUGGUCUAAUUAAGUGUUCCUUCAUUUUAGGUAAAGCAUUUUGAAGCAAUUGAGAAUGCCUCUUCUAAUUCAGAAGCUAGUAUUGACCAAAAUGUGAGAAGAGUGUAUAGCAUAGAAACUUUUGCAUUAACCCAAAAGAUACUAUUUCAGCACACAUAAGAAAACUAGCUGCUAUUUUAUGCUUUCUUCAAUGGUUCUCCUUUCUCCUUUUUUUUCUUUUUUUCCUUUCUGUUUUUCAAUGAUGUAUAAUGUCCCGUACUUGCAUUUGAAAAAUUGUAUGGUAUUCACACUUGUUGUUUUCUUAGAUGGGUUUUUUGUGUGCAGAUGCAGUAAGAAUUUAUUGUUCAAUCUAACAGUGCUUUCCAGACCCCUCCUUCCUCUUAGGUGAUUUGAUAUACACCUUCUAAAAUGACACAGUCACAAAUCUGGUAUUUAAAUUAUACACAAUAUAAGUACCUUUUUUCCUUAAUUUUUUAUAAAAAAUGCAUUUGACUUUGGAGAAUGCAGAUUGACCCAUGUGAUUAAGUAGCUGACCUGAUCGCUGUAAUUUAAUGUCAUUUGUAAAUUCUGCUGAUAGACAGGAAUGUAUGAACGCAAUUAUUGUCAGCACAGAGCCUUAAAACCUGCUGACUUUAAAUUAAACAGUGUAGUCCUAUGAUGCCCUGCAUCAUUCAGGAUACUAACAGGCCCUUGCCGUUGGACAGACUGUGCACGGGUUCGGGCUGGUGCUGUCUGCUUCACUCUGCACCUGUGGCCAAACACAUUCCCCAGCUCACACUCUCCUACACAGUGCACACAGAGUCAUUAGAUCCAAUUUGUUAUUUUUCUGGCUUGCUUUAAAAGAAAAAAGUUUGAAUAAUCAUUACAUCGGAACAAAAUGCAAAAAAAAAAAAAGAAAGAAAGAAAACAAAUUCAAUUGGCACAAAGUAGGGAAGCAAUCUCAACUUACGUUCACACUCUUUUGACUUGCUUGGUUUGAAAGUGUGUGAUGUUCAUGGUUCAUGUCAGUAUACGACUGGGUCUUUGCUGUUCCAUGUAAUUCGUGUCAACAUUGUGUUGCCAUUUGCAUGGUAAGGCUGUAGUGUAUUCACCUGUGUAUUCAGAUUGCUAGGUAUCUUCUUGAUCUGGGGCAAGUUCAAUUUUGAUUCCAGGCUUAUUUGGAUUUUUAGUAUUAUUUUCCCCUGCCUUUCUAAUUUAAAUAGACAAAGUAUGUGUUCACAACCAAACGUUGAUGCACUUAUCUACUGAUAAUGUCCUCUUGAUGUUCACUGAGGCAUAGAAAUUAUUUCAGAGUAGCAGUUGCAGCCUGAGGAUAAACUCACUAGAACUCUAUCACUUUGCUUUUAGAUAGUUUUCCCCAUUUUACACUCAUAAAAUCCCAUGCCUCCCAGUGCAUUGGAAAAUGACAAAAGCCUGUCUCUCAAAACUCCUAAUUAACAGUUUGAUUUUUUAAAAAAAUCAUCAUUUUUCAAAUCUUAGCUCAGCUCUCACCAAGUGAAAAUUGGCUAGUUGGGAGAAAGUUAACUUUCUGUGGUGGGAGGGUGAAGGAUGAGGGACAGUUUACAUAGGAAAAAAAAAGUUUAAAGUCCAUGUUGAAAUACCACAUGACCACUUAUUUUCUGCUAACCCUAAAUUAUUUUUGCGUAUACACUUGAGGUUAUAGUCUGUGCCUAGACCUAAAAUGCACCAGCGGGGGGAUUUUUUAAAAUCCUUCAAAAUACCAGUUUUUUUCCCACAAGUACAAUUGUUCUUGUGCCUUCUGUGGCUUUCGAUUUCAUCUUUUUGACUUUAUUUCCAAUUACUACAGCUGCAAUAAACACUAGAUUUUUUUUCUGGCUGUUUGACAUAACGUUAAUAGCUAUGCAUAUUCUGUGUCUUUUUAAAGCAAAGCAGGAGAAUACGUUUUUGAAGAAGAGAAUUUUUAGAACAGUUUGAUACCGCAAAUUAUUUUUCCUCAAUUAUUUGAGCAGCAUUCGAGUUUUGAAAUUCUUGUAGAGGCCAAUUUUUUGUAACUGUGGUGCAAAUCUUGUGUUUUCUUAGCCUAAUGAAAAGUAGUAUAGAAGCAAUAUUUCAUACCAUGUGCUAUAUAUGUGUGUGCAGAUGUGUGAACAUAAAAACGCACACAUAUACACACAUGUAAAAAUAUACAUAUAUAUAUACGCGUGAGAAGUGGAAAGCUUACCUUUUCCUAUCUAGAUUUGAGGACCUAUUUUAGACAUUUGUUAUGUUUUGUGAAAAGAAUGUUCUAUUUGCAACAACAAAACAUUUAAUUCUUACUGUAUCUCUGGCUAUUUAAUGAGAACGUUUCACAUUAAAUGGUAAAACAUGUGGAAGAUGUUAGAAUGUAGUAAUUAUUUAAGUAAAUGUUCACCCACAUAUUCCUGAAGUUUGCUUUGUGCCUCCGAGUAUUAUUUAAUUAAAGUGUUUUAUGUUUGCAGAAUCUUUGUUACUGUACUAGGGAUGUGGGUGAAUAUCAUUUAAAAAAAAUUAUUAAAACAACAAAAAAAAGCAAAACAGAAACACUAAAACAAGAGGGGAACUUUUAUAAAGCAAUGUAAAUAUUUAACCUCAUGGCUGUUGUUACGUAAGACAUGAGAUUUUAAUAAAUAACUACAUUCUCACAACAUCUGUUGAAUUUAUUAGGAACACUACAGUGACUGUAUAGACAGUUGAAAGCAUUCUUGAAAAUCCUGCUCUCUCCUUUUAAAAGAUAACAGUCUCUUUUAUCAAAUGUCAAGGGCAAGGGUGAUGCAGUUUCUGUAAAUUUAUGAAAUUUCUUUUCUAUGUACAUGAAGACAUUUAGUAAGUAACCUCCCCCCCCCACCCCCAACACACACACACACACACAUACAGGUUAAUACUAAGUCAUAAAGCUAAAGAUUUGGGGGCUUCAAAAAUAGGAUGUCCCCUAGAGCAAUCAUAAACUCAUCAAAGAAAAAGUGGUUUACAGACUCCCCUGAAAGAAGCAGUGUAUAUGUGAAGACAGUACAAAAUCUCUUUGCCAUGUGUAUUAUAGAAUAUUCAUUGGUGUGAAUAGUUCAAAUGUUUUCUCUGGUACAACUCUGUGUUUGCAAAUUACGAGAAGCAUUGUUUUCAAAAAGCUCCCCUUAAAAAAAUGUAACUGGUUUAUAUGAGUAAGCAGUUACCGUAUUGCACUUAAAUGUUAUGUUGAAGGAGAUGCAGUUUUGUUUUCUGUAGGUGUUGGUUGUAAACCAUCUAUAAAACUAAAGCUAAAGUGCUCAUAUUCAGAGCUGGGAUAAAAACUGGUAUUUAACCUUUGUAUCUUCAUAUAAUUAUCCUUCUAAGAAUAUAAUAGAAUCUGGAAGCAUCUGGACUUUGAAUCUUCAACUGAGCCCUUUCUAAAAUCUAGCACCCCCUGAAAUGCACAAACAUGAACAGAUAAUGCAAACAGGCUGGCAUACUUUUAUGAAAAUGUAUUCAUCCUAUAUUUUUUAAAUAUUCAACUCCUCCACACAGGGGGAUGAUGCAUUUUAAAAUCAUAUAUUAUCACUUCAAAUUUAGAACUAGAAAAAAAUGUAUUUGGGGUUGGUCUCAGUACUACCUAGAAGAAUCAAAGGUCGUGGCUUCCCCCAAUAUUGUCCCAGCCAUUUCUCAUCUGUAUAUAGUAUAAACCGUGACAAAACACUGCCUUUAUAUUAUUUAGCAAUAUGUUGUAAAUAGCAUUAUUAAGCUCAUUUUUUUUUGUAACAAAGACCCUUUGAUUUGAAUAUAGUACAAUAACUGAACUGAUAAAGUCAAUUUUUGAUUUUUUUUUUUUUUUUUAGCUAGAGGCAAUUUCAAUUGUGGAUUUUGUUGUUGUCUAUUGUUCUGAAGACUUUGCAUAAUUUAUUGGUUUAAUUUAUCCUAAUUUAUUUGAUGAAGGUGUACAAUUUUGUAUUACCAAGGAUGUACUGUAAUAUUAAUUGAUAUGAUAAAAACAAUGAGACUCCCUGUCCAUAUUAAAAAGAAAAUAAAAAGGUGCAGUAGACAAUUGAUUUUAAAGUAAAAGUAAAAAAUUUAGUUUGGCAGCUACUAAAUUUUAAAACAGGAAAAAAAAAUG